CUGGUGUGCAACUUUAUGGUUAGAAAUAGUAAAGGGAAAAGAAGUAGGACUGGUGAGUGUUAUUUCGAUGAAUUUUGUACCUGCUUUUGGAAAAAACCAGGAAUACAAACUUAUCAAUACAAAGGGGCAAAGAAGUCAAAAACAGUUCCCAGUUAAUAAUGCUAAUAGUGUUAAUGAUGCUAAUGGUGUUAAUAAUGCUAAUGGUGUUAAUAAUGCUAAUGGUAUCAAUAAUGCUAAUGGUGUUAAUAAUACUAAUGCCAAUAGUAUUAGCCAUGCUAGUCCGG